AUGGCUGCCAUUUGCGGAAUAAAACCCUGGAUUGGAAUACACAGGAACGACACAGCCGCCUACCUAAAUGAUAUGAUACUCGUAACUGUCAACGGAUGUCUUGCCAUAUUUGCAUUUCUUAGCAACCUGGUCAUCAUUGUCACAGUAAUCAAGACCCCUUCCUUACAGAAGCCGUGCAACAUUUUACUGAGUAACCUGGCCUUUGCAGAUUGCCUCACGGGAGUUAUCGUCCAGCCCAUGUUUAUUGUGUGGCGACUUUUUCUUCAAAGAACCCGGCAGUCAUGUCUACAUCAAUUUCUGGUGUUUGAUGUGUAUUACACUUUACAAGUGUUGACCAUUGGUUUAUCAUUUGUCAAUGUUAUAAUUAUCAGUUUUGAUCGCCACUAUGCCUUGGACAGACCUCUGGUGUAUAUAACUCGCGCCACUAAAACAGGUGGGUCUUUUACUUGAGCAUUUGAUAAAUAAAGCCUCUCAGAAGAAAAGAUAUAUGGACAAUUUCACUGUAAGUAACUAUAGUUACUAAGGGUAUAAUAGAGUUCUAACUGGUCCAGGAUUAAGGCAUUUAAUCAAAGAGCUGGAAUAUUUUGCCCAAGAUCGCGCGCUCUCAUUGGUUACGUGGAGGUCACAUGACACCUAGGCCUAGAAAUAGACUGUUUCCCGCCAAAAGUGUCUGAGUAGGUUCCAUUGCAAAAUGUAUGAAAUCAGUGACCGCUUGCUGAUGUUUACUUUCAAAAAUUUGUUCACAUAGGUUUUUCUUUGUGUGCUAUAUUUCACCCAGGGAAACAAGUUAAUUAUGUUUCUCUUAAAUCUCAAUGUUUACCUCGGCUCAUCCGUGUAAGUCAAAACAAUAGAUACUUUUGUCAUGUUAUUAAGUCUAUGAAGGGUUUCAUAUACGAUUCAAGAGACAUUCAUUGCCUUAAACGCACUUCUUGCAGUACCGGUGUUAAGUUUGGGAAAAGCUCGAAAAGUUCGUCUCCGGGACAAACGUGGAUCUUCAAAUGCGAUGAACUAAACCAAUAAAUCAAAACUUUGUACAAAUGAAUGAUGAAUAUUUAGCCUCGUUCGGGUGAAAUUUCGACGUCCAAUAGACGAUCUUAACUUAAUUUUGUUCGACCCAGAUUCGAAUCUCGUUCGUCUUAUGAAAAGUUCAACCUUUGGCCUUAAGGCAUUGGAUACCUUUACUCAGGUAUAUUAAGGCCUGGGUGUGCCACUUUUUUGCUCUGAAAUGUAAGGGGGUAGUCUAUGUUUGAAAGAAAAUGUAUGGUAGGUUUGCAGACUUAGUCAUUCCAUUAUCUUUGUUAAGAUAGUAUUUUUGAGACUAACAUCAUCAUGGUACCGUGUUGCGUGGCCAAGUAACGCUUCACUUCCGUAUUUGUUCUUUGAGGAUUCUGGAGGCAGGGUAAAAAUACUAUCAUUGAGAAUUUUUUGCGGUGUUGUUUUUACCUAUCUGAAGUACUUUCCAAAUGUAACAGGACGUGAACCUUCCUAAUGCGAAAAUUCCUUUUCAGUAAAAUUUCACUUCUUGUGUAUUGUCAUCAGUCUACAUGCGGCUGCCUUUACACUAACUUUAAACUAACCUUAUUUUAUUCGUUUCCUUAUUUUAUUUUGUUUCUGGUUGUUCCGCCUGUUAAUUACAUUCGAGCACUGCUCGCUAUUCGUAGUCAUAACGCUCAGUUGGGUGAUGCAGUUACGCUCCAGAUGUCGAUAGUAUUGCAGCGCGAGAAAAGAGUUGCACUUGAUAUGUGCAUUGUUGCCGGCUUGCGGAUCGCCUCUCUGCCACCAGCUUUUUGCAUGUCGAUUGUUCAAAAGAGAUAUCCUCGGCUACACUCCGUUCUGCUUCCAUGGAGUUUGACAAUGUCGUUUAUUCCGUCCUGUGCGAAUCCAGUGAUUUACUUUGUACGUUUUAAGAACAUGAGAAAUACCUUUAAAUCUAUUAUCAACAUAUAA